AUGGCUGAAACUUUCGAAUUUCAAGCUGAGAUCUCUCAGUUGCUCUCCCUCAUUAUCAAUACUGUAUACUCAAAUAAGGGUACGACUUUUGAGCCUGGGUUUUUUUGGUUGUUCAUAGACUUACCUCUGAUUUAGAGAUUUUCCUCCGAGAAUUGAUUUCCAAUGCCUCGGACGCUUUGGACAAGAUUCGCUACAUUUCUCUUUCCGACCCUAGCGCCUUGGACGAGGAGAAGGAUCUGAAAAUACACAUUAUUCCUAACAAAGAGGCUAAGACUCUUACAAUGUAUGCUCCUUGAUUUUUAUUGAAGCUUCUUUAGUAGUGCUGACAGACAUUUUGAAUUUAGUCUUGAUACUGGUAUCGGCUUUACCAAGUCUGAUUUGGUGAACAAUCUUGGUACCAUUGCCCGCUCUGGUACAAAGCAAUUCAUGGAGGCCCUAUCCGCAGGUGCUGAUAUCUCCAUGAUUGGUCAAUUUGGUGUUGGUUUUUACUCUGCAUAUCUUGUUGCCGAUAAGGUGGAGGUUGUUACCAAGUCGAACGAAGAUGGUUGGUUCCUCACUUGCCGCUUCAUCUUUUUUUUAAAGCUAACCCAAUUAUAGAACAAUACGUCUGGGAGUCGGCCGCUGGUGGCUCCUUCACCAUCAAAAUGGAUGAGUCCGGAGAGAAAAUUUCGCGUGGUACCAAGAUUAUCCUUCAUAUCAAGGACGGUUUGCAGGAGUAUCUCGAGGAGUCUAAGAUUAAGGAGAUCGUGAAGAAGCACUCCGAGUUCAUCUCAUACCCCAUCUUCCUCCACGUUACCAAGGAGGUUGAGAGGGAGGUUCCUGAUGAGGAUGAGGAGGAAGAGAAGACUGAGGAGGGUGAUGAUAAGAAGCCCAAGAUCGAAGAGGUUUGUUUGAUUAUUCCGUAUUAUUAUUUCCGCUUAUUCUAACAUUUUGCGUAGGUCGACGAGGAGGAGGAAAAGAAGGAGAAAAAGACUAAGAAGGUGAAGGAGACCAAGGAAGAGGAAGAGGAGUUGAACAAGACAAAGCCCAUCUGGACCCGUAAUCCUUCCGAUAUCACUACUGAGGAAUAUGCCAGCUUCUACAAGUCUUUAUCCAACGACUGGGAAGAUCAUCUUGCUGUCAAGCAUUUCUCGGUUGAGGGUCAGCUUGAGUUCCGCGCUAUUCUUUUCGUCCCUAAGCGUGCUCCUUUCGACUUGUUCGAGACCAAACGCUCCAAGAACAACAUCAAGCUCUACGUCCGCCGUGUAUUCAUUACUGACGACUGUACUGAUUUGAUUCCGGAAUGGCUUGGUUUUAUCAAGGGAGUUGUCGAUUCCGAGGAUCUCCCACUCAACUUGUCUCGUGAGACUCUCCAGCAGAACAAGAUCUUGAAGGUUAUCAAGAAAAACAUUGUCAAGAAGACUCUUGAAAUGUUCAACGAGAUCUCCGAGGACCGCGAGCAGUUCGACAAGUUCUACACUGCCUUUAGCAAGAACAUCAAGCUUGGUAUUCACGAGGAUGCCCAAAACCGUCCUGCCCUUGCCAAACUUCUCCGCUUCAACUCUACCAAGAAUGGGGAUGACGCCACAUCUUUGGCUGACUACGUUACCCGCAUGCCCGAACACCAGAAGCAGAUGUACUACAUCACUGGUGAGUCUUUGAAAGCGGUUUCAAAGUCUCCCUUCUUGGACGCUCUCAAAGCCAAGGACUUUGAGGUUCUCUUCUUGGUCGACCCCAUUGAUGAAUACGCUAUGACUCAACUCAAGGAAUUUGAUGGCAAGAAGUUGGUUGAUAUCACGAAGGACUUCGAACUCGAGGAAACUGAAGAGGAGAAGAAGCAGCGUGAGGAGGAGGAGAAAGCCUUCGAGGGAUUGGCUAAGACUCUCAAGGAGGUUCUCGGUGAGAAGGUCGAGAAGGUUGUUGUCUCCCACAAGUUGGUUGACGCCCCUGCCGCCAUCCGCACCGGUCAGUUUGGUUGGUCUGCCAAUAUGGAGCGUAUCAUGAAGUCACAAGCCCUACGUGGUAAGUUCAACUUCUUUCAGCGUUUGUUCCGGAAAUAUUCUGAUAUUAAUUGAACUAGAUACUUCAAUGAGUUCGUACAUGGCAUCCAAGAAGACCUUUGAAAUCUCUCCUAAAUCACCUAUCAUCAGGGCCUUGAAAGCGAAGGCUGAGGAGGAAGGUGGUUCCAAGGCCGUCGCUAGCAUCUCCACCCUCUUAUAUGAGACUGCGAUGUUGACUUCUGGCUUCACCCUCGAGGAGCCUAAUGCCUUUGCUCAGCGGGUCAACCGCCUCAUCUCUCUUGGUCUCCAAAUUGAGGAGAAUGAUGAAUGUGACGAGCCUGAGCCUGAGGCAGAGGCAGCUCCGGAUGCCGAAUCUUCGGCAGUUCCUGAGAGCUCUAUGGAGGAGGUUGACUAAACUUAAUGAUUUACGUUUCCUUCUUCAAAUAAAAAAGUUUCUCUAUUUCUUUUCGUGUACUUUUUUUUCUUCCUAUCCUUCGGUUGGUAGGGCGAUGGACGAACAGCAGAUAUAGGGUAACGGAUUUCAUUUUCUCUCGGGGUUUCCCGCUUGUAUCCCUUUCUAAUGUAUUUCUUACCAAAGAAAUCAUUCAUUAAGUGCAUCGAGGACUGGAGUGGUGAAUACCAUUUGUGUCUAAAGGUUGAAAUUAAUUGAAUGCUAUGGCGUUU